AAUGUCUCUGUUGGUUCGGUUGUUGUUGGAGAACCGUCCAGCCGGGUUCAGUUCUCCAGGUCUACCUAUCCUAGUGCAGAGCUGUAGAACAUAUUUAAAGAACUUUACAGAAAAGGGAACUGCUGUGCCUGCAGUUCGAGGCUGGCAACAUCAAAACAGGAAAUUAUUUGCACACAAGAAGAAUUAUCAUCCUAGGAUAGAGUUUCCAUAUCCCAGCGAGGUUAAACGUUAUCAUAAGGUUAGCCUAGAUCACCGAAUGAAAUCUGAGGGCGGAAGACGGAUGCUAAUGCGUAGAAUACUCAAGGGGAGAAAUGUUAUCGCACACCCGAUGUAGUUAAAAUUGAAUAACCAAAUAAUCAACGUUUUCUUGUAUAAUUAACUCUAUUUCAGAAAAAUGUCGCAUCUAAAAAUUAAGACUUUCAAUAAUUUCCUCGACACCCAGAAUGUUGUGAAAGACGGUAAAAAAACUACAACGGAAAUCGAAAUCGGUGAUUCUCCAUUAAAAAAAGAACCUCCCGACAAAUCCAGUAUUGAUACUAGCAAAUCUACUAUUGAUACUGACAAAGUGAUUAAAAUGUUAGAAACCCGGAUCCCUGACACAGAUCUUAUCCGUGAAAUAUUGCUCUCCUUAUCCUCUGAUCUACCGGAGCUAGUAGCCAGGAUCAUAACACCCUCAGAGGCCUCGAAGGUCUACGAGCUAAUCAGUGCUGUGACCUUCGAGGAUGGUCCGUAUGAUAGUGAGCACCCUGAGUAUAGUUUAAAGCAGGAACAGAUGUUAGAGCCUAAUUCUGAAGAAAUUCUCGAAUCUGCUCCCAUUCCUGGUUGUAAUGAUCAUGGAUUAGAGGAAGAGAAGAGUAAAAGGAGCCCCGUAUUAGAGGAUCAGAUGUCUUGUAGGUCAGAAAAUGGAGUAGGUUGUAAAAUCACGGACUGUUUUUCAGUCCCAGAUAUUUCAGUAGAAAGGAUUGAAACCAUUGAUUCCUCUGCGCAGAAUCGAUCUUCUAAUAUAAACCCGGUUCUCAGGGCAGACUUUGAAUCCUUAAUCAUCUCACGAAACGGGGUUCAACGCUCAUCUUUUGCUCCAAGAUCUUCUAGUGUAAUAAUCUCUACAAAUAGCUCAUCAGGUUCAGAUGUCUUGAAACCGUCUUUUAAUCCAUCAGAUUCUGUGAUUGUUCCGAGAAUAACAGAAACAGCAACCCUAGCAGCAAAUUCUAAGGAAGAGAUAAGUGUAGUUCUGGAGAAGGUUGGAUCCAGAUCAUCAGAUCAUUUGAUGGAUCAGAACCAGGUUCUCCGGAGAUAUAUCCACUCUGAUCAAUCCUGUGGACUCUCUGUAAACCAAAGACCUGAACAAUACAAAAAUUCAGAAGGAUUCGGGAUUCCCCGAGAUCAAUUAAUCAAUUCUAGUCGGAUGAUAGAUUCUACAUUUAGUAGGACGGGGGAACAAAGGACGAUAGAUUCUACAUUUAGUAGGACGGGGGAACAAAGGACGAUAUCCAAUUACUCUGGCCCUAGCAGAUUUGAUAAGCCUAGAGAUUAUGUCUCCGGCAGGGGUGUAGGUCAAUACUAUAGAACAAUGGAUCCAAGCUAUAGAUCUAGAAUGGAUCAAGGUACAAGCUCAAGGUCUACUCCGGAGCAGUUAGAUAAUCCCUGGGGAUUACCUCCGUACUGGGCUAAACAGGAGGCAGACCUUAGAAGAGGAAUUCAGAAAUCUGCAAACCGGGACCUUGAUACUCACGCCCAACUUUCACUAGCUUACGAUAGAGUGUUGAAAGAUUUCGCAAGUUACAGCGAAGACAACUUAAGUCAUAUCAUGGAACGAUAUAAUAUCAUAAUGGGAGAACAUAUUGACCGAAGAACAUAUCUGAUCGACCACACACCUCCUGUAGUACCUCGAAAUUCUCAACCACCAGCUCCAAACCAGACCCAGAGUAGAGGUGGAGAAGAUCCAACCCGUCCUAGUUAUCCACAAUCUAUGAUUCUAAGUAAACCUAGAGAACUUGGUAGACCAAAUAGUUCUAGGAUAGAAGGAUGGAUUGAAGACGCAAUGAGAGGAGAAGAAAGAGGAAGAAGAGAAGAGCUGCUAGGAAGAAACGAGAAGAAGAUGGAAAGACAGGAAGACAUGGUCAUAAUACACGAUAAGAAUCUUCUUCCUGGGGGUAAGACUGAGACCAGAGAGAAGGAUAUAAUUGAGGAUAAGGGCGGAGUUAAAAAGAGAAUAUUGCCACCCAGAGCUGCAGCAAAAAAAGCCAUGAAAAGGACAAAGAAUGCCGUCAUUGAAUCAAGUUCUAGCUCUUCAGAGUCAAUUUUUGAUUCAGAACCAGGUUCAGAUAACUCGGAUCUGGACGGUAUCAAAUCAGAUAUAGAUUUAGUUAAAGAACAGAUAAUUACAAAGAAAAUGAAGAAGAACUUCUCCAAGAAAAGAAAAGUAAACUCUACUUCUUCUAACUUACUUGGGUUACUUGAUGAAUUAUCUCCAGGGUUCCAGGUUGGUAACUCCAAGAAGAAGACGAAGGGUAAUGAACAGGAAGAAAACUUUACUUAUCCUGAAACUGAUGAAGAGGAGGAGGAGGAGGAAAAGAAGGAGGUAAAGAAAGAGGUUGUUAGAAGUACCAAGAAGAAACAGAAGACGGGAAAAGAAGUUGAAAGAAAAAUUAAUCUACGGAAACGAAAUUAUAUUGAUGAUUUGAAGUUCAGCAGUGAUGAUUCGUGUGAGGAGGCUCAACGACACAGAGCAUUAGAGAAAAUCCGGGAGAAGAGAAGCUCUUCCUCCUUAAAGAAAUCGAGAAUCAAUGAAAGACCUGUUUGCAGUGAUUCCGACGAUGACAAGGAUCAGAACAGUAAUCGCGCACGCGCCAAACUUUUUCCCGAUUUGGAGACUGUAGGCGAGAAAGAGAAAGGAAAAUUUGAAAUUUAUUCUGAAAAUGAGGAUGAAACGAUGAGAAGCGGAAAUGUUUCCUUUCCAAGAAAAAUCAAGCAGUCGGCCAAGAAGGGACGGAAAAUAGAAUCCGACUCCGAUGAAACCUGGUCGGACUCGGAGUCAGUUGAUGAUGCUGAUACAGAUACAGAUGGAAGCUUUGUUGUCAAAGAUGAUGACGACAAAUUUGACCCAAAUGAGUUUGAGAAGAUCAAGGAUGGAUUGAUGAGACGGAAUGACAGGUUUCUUCAGCUCAAUGAUGAGUAUGAUCUGACGGCUGAAUCAAGGCAGCUGGGCGAAUAUGAUGCCAGUGAUGAUGAUGAGUUAAAGGAGAACAAUUAUCCUCCAGCUCUGAUCACCAGUCUACGGGACGGAUACAGGGAGUGUAUAUUGGAGAACCCCGGGGCCGGACUUCAACCUGACAGUUUUCUCACAGAUGACGAAAUUAUCGGCAAAUGGACGAUGUACGAUUUUAUGGAUUCAGGGGCCCCGGAUGGGAAGUGUAUAUGUACAAAAGAAGGCUUGAGGUACCUCUUCUUCAUGAGGAUGACUGGCGUACAUAAUUGGAAAUUCCAAAACAAGAUCGUUGGAUCUGAUUGUAUUCAGUGGUUUAGUAAAGCCAAACCAAAAUCUUGUUUAUUUCUUCUGCAGAGAGUUGUGAAAAGUGGGUGUACCAUUAUUUUCAAACGAAAACUUAAACACCGGAUUAUAGAGGGAACUCUGUGUGGAAGUGUAUUGCCUGAUUUUCUACUGGAGAACCAGGAGUACCACGCUAACGAGUUCGUGAUGCCGGUGAGGUUCCGUAAGGUCCAGGUGGAGGGGGAGGAGGAGAGGUUCCUGGUGGAUAUCAAGAUGAGGAUGCACGGGAAGCAGAUCAAGGACUCCAACAACAAGCAUCUUUCCAGUGGGAAGAAGUACCGCAUGCGGCUGAAACCAGUAAUUAAACCAAACAAAAAUCAUAAUGCUGUCCCAGUUUUAGAUUUUGUUGUUAUCCAGAUGAUAAGAGAGGAUGAUAAAGUUUCGGGAAAUAAACAAGAAACGAGCGUCAAGUCUUUUAUCAAAUAACCUGCCAAAUGUACCCAAAUUAAAUGAUUGAAUUGUAUUUAUAUGUCUUGCUUGUCUAAAACAAUGUAGUUACGUACCUGAAUUCUUAAA